AAAUGUUCAAUCCAAGAGGAGGAGGAGGACCACAAAGAGGAAGAGGAGGUUUUCGGCGAAGAGGAGGUGUCAAUGCCCAGCAAAGACGAGAUGGUUCUAGUCAACGACAAGCAAGUGGGUCUCCUAACCAAGGUAGAGGAAGAGGAGGUGGGCAUGAAGACGGAGGAGGAUGGGGAAGUGAAGAAGGACAUGGAAGGGGUAGAGGAGGGAGGAUAGCAGAAGACAUGCGUACCCACCUAGCCAGUGGAAGUACAAGUGGUCAAAAUGAGAGACACCAGUGGGAAAACACUCAAAGUGCAAGAGGAUGUAGGUGGGGACGAGGAGGAAGAGGAGGAGGAGAUGGAAUGGGCAGAGGAGAGUGGAAAGGCAUAGACAAGCAUGGCCAUCAUCAAUGGGGAACAACUAGCAAUGUUCUUCGGGGACCUAUGAGAUCAGGAGGCCAAGUAAACGCAUUUUCACGCCAGCAAUUUAAAGGGGGGCAUGUUCAUGGUCCCACCCAUACAAAUUUUUUACAGUAUUGUGCCCCAGCCCCUGUAAAUUCAAUAUAUUGCCCUGAAGACAGGAGUAGCUCACAAGCCAGUGGAAGUACGACUGACCCAGGGGUAAGUCCCCAAAACGAAGAACCUCAAAGAGGAAGAGGAGACAUUCAGAGAGGAAGAGGUGGUCAUGGGAGAGGAAGAGGGAGAGAUGGAACCCCUGAGGUACGCAAACUGGGGUAUAAAACACUGGAAGGACUACUAGAAAAAGAAGCAUCUGAGGUAGCCAUCACCCUUUCAACUAGCACUGGGCUCAAGAUUCUGCUUGAGGAAAAGAAUAUGAGAAACGACCUGGUGCAACUGGUCUGCCAGGUCCUUUGCAAGGCUUUCCAGUCCAGAAUUGACCGCAAAAUAGUGCUUCAUUUAGCCCAGGUAAUCAAGGACUCUGUGUUUUUCCGCAACAUACUUCCGUAUUAUGUGACAGGAAUGAUGUCGGACUACAUACCAGCUCGAAGGGAUCAGUAUCCCCAACAUUUGAGCAACAUCGUCAGCCUUCUCUCUGAUGUUCUCAACAUGUUACCUUCAAGCUCUUUCCAAUCUGUCACCAUGUUGGUGGCUGUUCUAAAACCAACUGUCAACCAGUUGCGAGCCUCUGGUGUGGAUAUGCCAAACACCAUUGAUGAGGACCUUGAGAGGAUCCAAGGUUUGGUGAACCAUCUCCAGGAGAAGUCAAGGGAGGGAACCUUGCGGUCAGAUAAGUACUCCUUGUUUGCAGCUAAUGAAGACGCCCCACCUGGUGAGGAAGACUUUAGGACAAUGAGCAUCUAUCCAACCCCUGAAGAGUUCCACAUAGAACAGAAGCCUUUCCUGAGACCCAACAUUAUGGCUCAGAGCUUUCCCAAUGCUCGCAUCUAUCUUGAUACACACUUCCGGCUUCUACGUGAAGAUUUCGUUAGGCCACUUCGAGAGGGCAUUAGGGAGAUCCUGUACAAUGAGGAUGUCGAGGGUGUACCAAUGAAGAAGAGGCGUUUUGAUGAUAUCAGAGUCUACCUUGACACUCGAUUGGUUGUGCCACUUUGCACAUCAACCGGCAUUGCUUACAAAGUGCAGUUUGAUCCAAGACCGCUUAAGUUUGUCCGGUGGGAAAAUUCCAAACGUCUGCUUUACGGAUCCCUUGUCUGUCUAUCCAUGGACAACUUCAAAACAUUCCUAUUUGCUACUGUGUCCGACCGCGACCCUAAACUGUUGACGCAGGGACAGGUACAUCUCUGUUUUUCAUCUGACAGUAGGGUCCAUCUGGCGAGUGUUCAGCCCUCGCACUCUUUCCUGAUGGUGGAGACAACGGCUUAUUUUGAGGCCUACCGAUAUGUCCUUGAGGGUCUCCAGGAGCAAGAUGAGAAUGAUCUCCCAUUUCAAAGGUACAUAGUGGAGUGCAACACAGAGGUUUACGCUCCUGCUUACCUGCGUAUGGAGGGGAGGAAGUAUGAUCUGUCCAACAUCACGGCAGAAGGGCAGGACAAGAUUUUACCCUUCAAUCCUCUUACCCCAGAGGCCUGGCCUGAUGAGGAAACAAUGGGACUUGAUGGAAGCCAGCUUCAAGCAUUAAAACUGGCCUUAACCAAUGAGCUGGCCAUCAUACAAGGGCCACCAGGCACAGGAAAAACACAUGUGGGACUGAAGAUCGCUCAGGCUCUGUUAGACAACCAUCAGGCCUGGGCGGUUGGUUCUCCAAUGCUGGUGGUCUGCUAUACCAAUCAUGCUCUUGACCAGUUCCUGGAAGGUAUCAAUGGGUUUUUAAAGGACGGCAUUGUAAGAGUUGGAGGUCGCAGUAACAGUGAGAUUCUCAAGCACUUCUCUCUGAGGGAGCUGACUAGAGCAGCAAACUUCCGCAAAUCUCUGCCGCAGCACCUCAGGAGAGCCCAUCACGAAAUCCAUACGCAGAUGAAGGACGCAGAAGAGCACUUAAAGAGACAGUCUGCGCAGUUGGAAUGCAGCUUACGUGGUGUCAUAAAAGAAGACUUCCUGGAAAACUACAUCAGUGGUCGACAUUGGGAGAGCCUGUGCCAACAACCAGUUUGGGAUGGAUUUGAGAGUGUUGGACGGAAGUCUUCAAUGAUCGCCGAGUGGCUUUGCAUUGGAUCCUCUGGUUUUCAACAGGGACUUCAACACAUGGCAGAUGGCGGGGCAGAGGCUGCAGAUGAUGAAGAGGCUGCAAAAGAGGAGGAAGAGCUGUUAGAUAUUGACGAAGAGGCGGAUCUGAUCCAGGCCGAGCGGAUCUUGGUGGAUGCGGAGCACGGGGAGGGAAACAUUCAGAAAGAGCAGAGGCAACAGGAGAGAGACAUCACAGCACUGGCUGAUUUGAUGCUGUCUAUGAACGUCAAUGAUAAUGAGACACAACAACCCCAGGGUCAAAUACAAGGUCAAACACAGGGUCAGACUGAUGACCAGGGCUGGCAGAUGCAAGGCCACCAGAAGAAAAGAAUUAAGCAAAUGGUUCGUAAAGAGUUGAGGAAGACUUCAGUCAUGAGUGAUGAAGAGGAAAGACGUGUCAGUGAUGUGUGGAGCAUUAAUCUGAAAGACAGAUGGAGACUGUAUCGGCUCUGGGUGUUGCGGUAUCGCACUGAUCUCCGUACAAAGGCUCUCCACUCUGAACAGGUCUUCCAGGAUGCUGCUGAGCGACUUAAUGAAAUUCGCCGUCGUGAGGACCUGUGUGUGCUGCGAGAAGCUCGUGUCGUUGGUAUGACGACCACAGGAGCGGCGAAAUACAGACAAGCUCUGCAGGAGCUGCAGCCCAGACUGGUGAUAGUGGAGGAGGCAGCGGAGGUGCUGGAGGCCCACACCAUCACCACACUCAGUCGAGCCUGUCAACACCUCAUCCUGAUCGGAGAUCACCAACAGCUGAGGCCUAGCGCAACAGUGUAUGAUCUGGCCAAGAAUUUCAAUCUUGAGGUCUCCAUGUUCGAGAGGCUUGUCAAAGUGAACUUCCCAUUUGUCCGACUCAACUACCAACAUCGCAUGAGGCCAAGCAUUGCUCGACUCUUGACUCCUCAUAUCUAUUCAGAGCUUGAAAACCACCCCUCUGUGCUGAAGUAUGACAAUGUUAAGGGGCUUUUGACUAAUCUAUUUUUCGUGGAUCAUCCUCACCUUGAAGAGGAGAUUAAGGAUGGGCGAAGCCACCAGAACCUUCACGAGGCUCAUUUUGUUGUCGCGCUUUGCCGCUAUCUGCUGUGUCAAGACUACAAGCCUUCCCAGAUCACCAUCCUCACCACUUACACAGGACAGCUUCACUGUCUGCGAAAGCUCAUGCCCUCUACUCAGUUUUCUGGCGUCAAAGUCCAUGUAGUUGACAAAUAUCAAGGGGAAGAGAAUGACAUUGUCAUAUUGUCUCUAGUGCGCAGCAACCGUGAGGGUAGGGUCGGUUUCCUGAACAUCUCAAACCGUGUUUGUGUUGCCCUCUCUCGUGCUAAAAUGGGUCUCUAUUGCAUUGGAAAUAUGGAGAUGCUCAGCAAAGUAACGCUGUGGAGCAACAUCCUUCAUUGUCUGAGAGAAUGUGGUCAAGUGGGUAAUGCAUUAACGUUGAGCUGUCAAAACCAUCCUGAAAAGCAAAGCCUUGUGUCCAGUGCCGCUGAUUUCAAGUGCGCUCCUGAGGGUGGUUGCGAACAGCCCUGCGAAUAUCGCCUGGAAUGUGGCCAUGUGUGCGCCCGUAUGUGCCACCCUUACGAUGCUGACCACAAGGAGUACAAGUGCCUCAAGAACUGCCCCAAGGUGCUGUGUGAACUUGGGCACAAAUGUCCACGUCGGUGUCACCAGAAGUGUGAUCCAUGCCAGGUACUCAUAGAAAAGAUAAUACCGUCAUGUCAGCACAUGCAGAAGGUACCAUGCCACCAAGACCCAGAUGAUUUUGUGUGCCAGGAGCACUGCCAAAAGACCCUCACAUGCGGACACCCCUGCAAGUCAACUUGUGGAGAAUCUUGCACUGCUUGGUGCAUGGUGAAAGUUUCCAUGGAGCUGAAAUGUGGCCAUAUACAAGAAGAACCAUGCCGCAUUUCUCAGGACUCCAAGAAGGAGCCAAAUUGCAGGACAAUGUGUGGCACUACCCUGAAAUGUGGCCAUCCCUGCCCUGGGACUUGUCACGGAUGCUAUCAGGGUCGCCUCCACAAAGGAUGCGCCUAUGAAUGCAAGCGAACCCUUGUGUGUGCUCAUAUGUGCCAGGAGCCCUGUGUAAGAGACUGUCCUCCAUGUUCCCUACCCUGCGAGAACCGUUGCGUCCACAGUAUCUGCAAGAAGAAAUGCGGUCAGCCUUGUGCCCCUUGUGCUGAACCCUGUGCAUGGCAGUGUGCACAUCAACGCUGCACCAAGAUGUGUCACGAGCCAUGUGACAGACCGCCUUGUUCUGUUCCCUGUUCCAAAACUUUACCUUGUGGACACCCCUGCAUAGGUCUAUGUGGAGACCCUUGUCCGGACAAGUGUCGCAUUUGCCAUCCGGAUGAUGUAAUGGAGAUCUUCUUUGGCAAUGAAGACGAACCGGAUGCUCGCUUCAUCCAGUUAGAGGACUGUAAGCACCUGUUUGAGUCCACAGGAAUGGACACUUACAUGGGUCUGGAUGAAGAUCAAGGGGCAGAACUGGAUCAAAGGGUGAUCCGACUUAAGGAUUGUCCCAGGUGUCGCACUCCCAUCCGUAGAAACCUGCGGUAUGGUGCUCACAUUAACCGCAGCCUGGCAGCAAUUGAGAUGGUAAAGGAGAAGAUCAAUGGUGUGCCUGCUGUUAACAGGCAUCAACAUGAAGCCCUUCUUUUGCAACUGGAUGGGAAGACAAACUUGAGGAAAUAUCUUCGCAAAGAGUUUACCUCACUCAAAGAGACACUUGACACAAAUAACCUAUCCCUCCAACAACUUUGGCAUCUUGAGAACUUGAUGAACUUCCUUGAGAGUUUUGGGAAGCUGAAAAAAAUGGAGAAAGAAAACAUUAAAGAUAUAGACGAUAUGCUGGAGUUCUCUCGCAAGGUUGGAGAAGGCUUGAAAUUCCUGUUAGAUCCGACUCAGAGGUUUUCAGAGCAGCAGGUAGCAGAUCUUGAACGUGAAUUUAAGAGACUCUUUUACUUGGCUGAUCUCAAUGCUCGCUGUAAAAUGGCUUUGUCGAAUUGUCAUGUACUUGGUGAUGUUGUACUUCGUUCAGAGAUUCAACAACUACGGGCGAUCCUGCAGGACACUUUACCUUUCAGUGCAGGACUAGAAGUCACCGUGAAGCAGAUGUUUAAGAAGCUUGACACCAAACUUCCCUGCACUGGUCUGGGCAUCACCGAUGAGGAGAGGGUAAUGAUACUCAAAGCCAUCGGUUUGAACAAGGGUCACUGGUACAAAUGUCCCAAUGGGCAUGUGUAUGCAAUAGGUGAAUGUGGAGGUGCUAUGGAGGAAAGUAAAUGUCCUGAGUGCAAUACUACCAUUGGAGGAGCCAAUCACUCUCUUGUUCAGGGAAAUGCCGUGGCAACUGAGAUGGAUGGAGCACAACAUCCUGCCUGGUCAGAUGAUGCCAACAUGGCCAACUUUGACCUCGCUGACUUGUAAAUGCUUUUCAAAGACCAGUUACUGUUUUCUCUUAUUUACGGUUGGUUUUCAGUCGGUUUUAGGUUUUAUUUAAGUCUAUCAGCAAAAACCAUGAACUGCUGUAUUAAAUCAAGUAGGGGUUACACAUUUCUGAUUAGCAUGCUGUUAAUUACAUUUAAGAAAGAGGCUCCAACUACUUGCCACAAUUACCAAUGCAGAAUGAAUUGAGAACAUUUCCGAGCCAUGAAACUGUAUGUUGCUUUAUUUUCUUAAAAUAUGUAUGCUUUGUCUCCUAUGACAAUGGAAUAAUUUAGUUUAUUCCACUUUAAGUUUGCAGGUCACUCACAGCAUCAUACAGUGGCCCCAAUAGGACACUUUAGCCACACCAAAAAUGUCUGAAUAUCAUUGCAUUGCAGGGGCGGUACUAGGAUGUAGAAUGUUUUCCUUUUUUUGUAGGUGGGGGGUGCUCAUCCUUGAUAAAUUUGCUUCGGUUUGUCCCCCUUGAUUGUGUUUUGGCAUUUGUCUGGAGGGGCAUCAGAUGUUUCAGGUGAGGAACAACCUGAGUGGUGAUGGCGUAGUGGCUAAAACACAGGGCUGUUAAUCAGAAGGUCGCUGGUUCGAACCCCACGGCCACCACCAUUGUGUCCUUGAGCAAGGCACUUAACUCCAGGUUGUUCUGUGGGGAUUGUCCCUGUAAUAAUUGCACUUUAAGUCGCUUUGGAUAAAAGCGUCUGCCAAAUGCAUAAAUGUAAAUGUAAAAUGUAAUAAAUGAACAAGGAAAAUGUAGGGGGGGCAAUGCCCUCCCUAGACCCCCAAUUGAUAUUUCAAAAUAUAAAAUGAGUGUCAUCACUCAAAUGCUGCCAAAAAGUGUCCAAAUACUUGAACUAUCUAUUGUUUUAAACUUUAAAGCCUAACAAACUUCUUUUCAUCGAAUUUGCUUGAAAAGUUUGCUUGUGCUAUUUUUUUUAAUAGAUGCCACUUUUAUAUUUUGUUGUCUAAUGAAAUGAUAUUCAGACAUUUUUAAAGGUGACUUUUAAGUGUGUAUGCCUGAUAUUUUAUUUGUUCCACUGCACGUUACGGUUCGUCUCGCCUAAACUCACCUCGCUUUACUUUUAUGAGCUUGCAUUUCCACUGCAGUUUAGUGCCGCAACAACGUGGGAACAUGGGUGGGAUUUUAGUCUGAUCGUCAUAGUUACGCCGCCUCUACUGCCUGUCACAUCGUCUUAAACACGACCGCUAGCUGUUAGCGACUAGCUCAUUGUGCUGUAUAAAGCAGUUGUUGCAUGGUGAUUUUACACAAGUGUAACAGUUAAAUUGGGCUGGUUGUUUUAGAAGCUUUCCAGUAGCUGCUCAACUCAAUAAAGUGAAGCUUAUAUAGAGCAGAGUAUAGAGAUAACGUAACAAAACAUACCAUCCUCCAUCGUUGACUCCAACAACGCCGUGGCCGAGUUCAGGGCACUCUCCCUCCAAUUGCUCGCUGGUUUAGAUAGCGUCCAUUUGGUCGAACCACUUCCACUUUUCCUUGAUUGUUCUGUAGCCACUUUUAAGGUUUUUUUUACUUUUCCCUACACUGUUGGUAGGUCCGGUGGAAGCCGUGUGCGGCCAACAGCUGAGACACUUCCUGAAAGACGUUUUCAUUUCGCUUGUCGCUAACGAGUGGACCAUCAACACCUCGUUUAUUGACCAUGGCUUGGUUUUGCGCACAGCCAUUUAUUUUUUCAAAAUUCAAAAGUCAUGUGAACAAAUGAUACCGCUAUCGUUGUUGCUAACUUUAAAAUGAGCGGGUUGAUGUCUCGUGUCGCAAAUCCAGUGACGCUGGUAGUGACGAUUCUCUCGGACCGAGGUGGUACUAAAAAAAGUAGCAGGUACCAGGUACUAUCCACAGUGGAAAACCCUCAAAAAGUGAGCAGUCGAGUCGAGUCAAGUUGUACCGUGCAGUGGAAAAGGCCCAUUUGUCAUUUUUACCAUGCAAUAACUUGCCGCUAUUAACUGUUUUGUUACAUUUGAUACUUGGUGAGUCUUCAUUUUGAGCCUUGGUUUGAAAUAUACUUGUAACAUUUCUAUUCAUCAGUUUUUAAAUACUUUAAAGCUGCUGUUAUAAAAAUGUUGAAUUUAAUAAUUUUUUAUUUUUUUUUUAAAUGGCAACCAUAUUUCACGAAACAUGAGUUGUGCAUGGCUGGGUCAAA